AAAACGGACUGAAUAGCACAUUUUGGAAAUAUUAGGUGUAGUUUGUAAUUUGUUUAAACUAAGAAUCCAAAUGUUUAAAGUAUAUUCGUAGUUUGUAAUGCGCUCGCUAGCUAGCGAUCACAAUAGUCCCACGCAGCCCUAACGUACACCACAACAUAAUAUAGGGUAACCUCUACCUCAUUUUCUCAUUUCGUCAACGUAACGUAAUCUCUUGCUCUGUGUCAUUCAUUGGUUAUAGUUUCGAGAACACCAGAAAUUUUGUGGCUGCAUCAUUGAUUAUAACUUUAUUCUCCCACCUGUAAUCUCUUCCUUUGUCUAUUGGUUUUCUAUCUCUCCUCUCUCACCUGCUCUCUCUCAAUGGCGGCAUCACUUCAAACCAAGUACCCUCUCAGACCCAUCACCAACAUCCCAAGAAGCCACAGUCCGUCACUUCCCCGUGUACGUGUUACCUGCUCUGUUACCACCACCAAGCCUCAGCCUAUUCGUGAGAAGCUUGAGGUAGAGCAAUGCAUUGUGACAACCCUGCAAUCGACCAAGCCCCAGCCGAAGCUCGUGGUUGAGCAACGCCUUGUGAAUCCUCCUCUGCCCAAUGACCCAACUCUGAAGUCGACAUGGAUCCACCGGUUAUGGGUUGCAGCGGGCUGCACCACCUUGUUUGUCUCUUUAGCUAAAUCUGUCACUGGAGGGUUUGAUUCUCAUCUCUGGCUCGAACCAGCUUUAGCAGGUUAUGCAGGGUACAUUUUAGCUGAUUUGGGCUCCGGUGUCUACCAUUGGGCUAUCGAUAACUACGGUGACGAGUCAACCCCUGUUGUAGGAACCCAAAUCGAAGCCUUUCAGGGUCACCACAAGUGGCCAUGGACAAUCACCAGACGGCAAUUUGCAAACAAUCUACACGCUCUGGCUCGAGUCAUAACAUUUACAGUUCUCCCGCUAGACCUUGCGUUUAACGACCCUGUGAUUCAUGGCUUUGUGUGCACAUUUGCAUUUUGCAUAAUGUUUAGCCAGCAAUUCCAUGCUUGGGCACAUGGAACCAAGAGUAAGCUUCCACCUCUCGUGGUAGCGUUGCAGGACCUAGGCCUGCUUGUUUCACGGAGACAGCACGCGGAACAUCACCGAGCACCAUAUAACAACAAUUACUGCAUAGUGAGUGGGGCAUGGAACAAUGUUUUGGAUGAAAGUAAGGUCUUUGAGGCUUUGGAGAUGGUGUUGUAUUUCCAGCUCGGAGUUAGACCAAGGUCAUGGAGUGAGCCAAACUCCAACUGGACAGAAGAAACCGAGAUCUCCAACAACCAAGCAUAAAUAUUGUGUAUGGGUCCAUGAAACAAAAUUUCUUGAUACAUGUACAAGGAAAUUUAAAGAAUAUACUGAUAAGAUUUGUUCGUAAUUUAUAUGUUAUAAGUGACUGUAUUUCAUAUAACAAAAACAAAAAGAGCAUAUACCAGGUUAAGGAUCA